AUGGCUCAUAGUCAACAAAUCAACAGCAUUUUAAAAAAAAAAGGUCAAAGACAGAUAAAUCUCUAUUGCUCUGUACCACCGCCGUUCUCCGUUGUUUUGGGUUCUUCUCCGUCCUUCUUUAUAAAAGACAUAAACUCACUCGCCAUUCUCCGUCGUUCGUCGUUCUCCACCACCGCUACAUCGAGUGGCCGCGUGUCGCUCAUCGUCUUUCUAGUUUCGCUCCUCAUCCAUCAAUCUCUCUCAGCCGUUCGUAGUCAUCACACUGGAGAGAGAGACACGGUGAUUGAAAUUCUAUCCAAGCUUCCACCAGAAUCUCUUCUGCGAUUCAAGUCUGUUUGCAAAUCCUGGUAUGCUCUUAUCGACAAUCCUAAAUUUGUAACAAAACAUCUCUUAAAUUCAUUUUCCCAUAAACAUGUUCUCAUCAAACGUGCCCUCACCAACAGCUCUAGAGAACAAGAACUUGUGUUCUCCAUCCUCAAAUUUUCUUUCGAUCGAUCCCUAUCUAUUAUGAACAUCAAUUUGCCAUUCCAAGAGAUCGAUCCACUUUUAGAAAUUUGUGGCCAUUCUCACGGCUUAGUUUGUCUUACUGAUUGUGACGAUGCUUUCCUUGUUAAUCCUAUGACUAAACAGUCUCGUAAACUUCCGCCCUCAAUUCUUAUCUUCCGUACUGGUUCUUAUGAUCCUUACUCUUACUCUGCAGUACCAUUUUCUAUCGGAUUCGGGUAUGAUGCAAAAUCUAACGAUUUCAAAGUUGUUAGAAUUGUGAGUUUUCGGGGAUAUUCAACGAUGGUGAUGUGUCCACAUAUGAGAGUGGAAAUUUAUGAUUUGAGCAAAGAUAAAUGGAGGGAAAUUGAAGCUCCUCCAUUUUGUGGCGAUGCGCAUUGCACACCUCACUUUGAUAUGUAUCACGAAGGAACAUUUUAUUUUUGGGGACACGGUGAAUCAAGUAUUUUCGAAGCGGACCAUAUUGUAACAUUCGACAUGAGUCAAGAGGUUUUUAGUAAAAUUUCAGUACCGGAGAGUUACGAUGACAAAAAGCAUAAAACAAGUUUAGGGGUUUUGAAUAGAUCCAUGGUUCUUUUUGUUUAUCCAUUUGAAAGUAAUGAGAAAAAUAUUGACAUUUGGGAGAUGGAGAAGAAUGAAUCUAGUGUUGUUUCGUGGUCGAAGCUAUUGACGAUUGAUCCUACUCUUGGAAUUGAACACCCAUUGUUGUUUGUAAGCUCUGAAGAACUGUUAAUGGAGUCCAGUGAAGGACAUGUCAUUAUGUAUAACACUAAAACUCAUCGGUUCAAAAAGCUCCCAAUAGAAGGGGAAGUAACUUAUACAAAACCUAACAGGUUCGAAGCUACUGAUCUUUUCAUUAAGAGUUUGGUAUCUGUGGAAGGAGGAAGAGAUAUGAUCAAUUAUGCUUUUUAGUAUUUUCGGGCUUCACUAUUGUAAGUCAUGUUGUUUGAGUGAUAUGAGUUUUAUCAUUAUUUUUGGAAAAAGGGAAUAAAAGGAGAAGAUUUGUUUGUUUUGGGGUAAAUGGUUUAGGGUUGUAGGAUCAAAUGAAUAGCAAAGUGUUGGGUGGUGGGGUGAGUGGAGCCAUCACAACUCAUUGAAACAAGAAGUGAGGCAACUGGUUUUAGCUUAUUUUGGGAACAUGAAUGGGACUCUCAUGGAAAAUAUUCAGAACCUUCUUUUUAGCUUAUUUCAAUAUUUCUAAAUUUCUUUGAAUCUUCGGAAACAAUUUGAUAUGUUGGCAAUCUUAAACGCCGUCGGGCACAACCCUCUAAGCUCAAAAGACCUUGUAAUCCAAGACAUCAUAACCCCUAUUCAAAAGAUAACGAAAACGGAGCCCGGCAUCCGCUGCAACAAAAAUGGUAAAACUGGCAAGUUGCAAUUGUAUGAAAUUGUACUGUGUUUGUGUUUGGAGGAGGAUGGCGUUACCCUCAUCGACUGCGCUUCAUUUGUUAGUGGCACUUGUACUCCAACUAAAUUUGUGUGGCUCCUACCACAAGAGAACUCGAUUGGUGUUUCAGAUUCUCCAUGAGUCAUAUGGGAAAUGUUAUGUUUCAUUUCAUCACUUUUUAUGCUUAACAGAUGACUAUAUUUGCAGAACUUCAUUAUGUUUUGUGUUCACGGCUAUUGUGAUCAUUAAGUAGUAAUAUAAAUUUGGAAUAAUUUGCUUUUGGAUGUUCAAA